AUGACGUUUGUUUAUGGGGAUCCUGUAUUAGAAAGACGGGAUCAUGUAUGGAAACGUCUUACGCGUUUCUCAACAAUAAGAACUGGCCCCUGGUUCAUGAUUGGAGAUUUUAACGAAAUUACGGGUCAUAAUGAGAAAGAGGGAGGAAGACAACGUCCUGAUAGCUCCUUCCUGGCUUUUAAACAAAUGCUCAAUGAUUGUGGUAUGCUGGAGUUUCCUUUCACGGGGGACAUGCUUUCUUGGGUAGGAAAGAGAGCAGGAGGGACAACUGUCAGAUGUCGUUUAGACAGAGCUGUAGGAAAUGCGGACUGGCAUGAGAAAUUUCCGCAUACGGGGGUUAAGUAUAUGAGGUUAUGGGGAUCGGAUCAUCGUCCGAUUCUUGCAGACAUACUCACAAAGCCAACGAGGAGAAUAAAAAAGUUUAAGUUUGACAAAAGAUGGCUGGAUAAUGAGGAGUUAAGGCAAGUCAUUCUCGAGGGAUGGAAAUCACCUGAUCUCCCUCCUAAUGCGACUAUAAUGGAACACAUUUCGAGUUGCCGCAAAGCCUUGAGCGAAUGGAGGAGACAACAUAAUGUUAAUUCCGCGAAAUUGGUGGAGGAGCUUAAGGAGAAAGUGGAGGGUCUAUAUGCUGAUGAUAAUGCUACAACUGAAGUGAUUGCAGCAGCUCUGAAGGAACUAUCUGAUGCUCUUAAAGCAGAAGAAAUGUUCUGGAAACAGAAGAGUCGAGUGUUUUGGUUGCGUGAAGGGGACAGAAAUACAAAAUUCUUUCAUGCUUUGACGAAGCAAAGAAGGGCCCGGAACAAGAUAACGCAGCUCCGGGAUGUAAAUGGUAAUGUUGUAGAGGAUGAAGAAGGGUUAGUAGCCAUUGCUACAAGCUAUUUUAGACAGAUUUUUGAAUCGUCUAAUCCAGAGGAUAUUGAAGAAGCAUUGGCUCAGAUUCCUACGAUGAUUACUGGAGCAAUGAAUGACAAUCUGACAUGCCCGGUCACUGAAUGGGAGAUCAAAGUAGCGCUUUUUGCCAUGCAUCCCGAGAAGGCUCCAGGCCCGGAUGGGAUGACUGCGCUUUUUUACCAGAAAUUAUGGGAUAUUGUGAAGGAUGAUUUAACUCAUAUGGUUAAUAAAUUUCUUUUUGAGGGGACUGUGGUAGCGGGCUUGAAUGAUACGAAUAUAUGUCUCAUCCCGAAGACUACAAAGCCUAAUGAAAUGACCCAAUUUCGGCCAAUUAGCCUAUGUAAUGUAAGUUACAAGAUAAUCUCUAAGGUCUUAUGCCAGAGAUUGAAGAGAGUACUGCCAGGCUUGAUAUCAGAAACUCAAUCAGCUUUUGUGGCAGGAAGACAAAUCUCAGAUAAUAUUAUGAUAGCCCAAGAAAUGUUCCACGCCCUGAGAACCAAACCAAGUGGUCGAAACAAAAGAAUGGCUAUCAAGACGGACAUGAGUAAAGCAUACGACAGGAUGGAAUGGUCAUUUAUUGAGGCUGUCAUGCGAAAGAUGGGCUUCUCGGAAACAUGGAUCGCCUGGAUAAUGCGAUGCAUUACGUCGGUUAAGUACAAGGUACUCAUGAAUGGACAGCCAAGAGGGAAUAUUGUUCCUGGUAGAGGCCUACGCCAAGGAGAUCCUUUGUCUCCUUUCAUUUUUAUUCUAUGCACGGAAGUGCUCGCUAGCCUUCUCAAUCAUGCAGAGAACCAAGGGAAGAUAACGGGGAUGCGACGAAUCAGUGCAAAUAGUAGGCAAGAGAUUAAAGAUGUACUUGGAAUCCAAAAUGAAGGAGGAAUGGGAAACUACCUUGGUAUCCCGGAAGACAUAAGUGGGUCUAAGUGCAAGCUCUUUGUGUUUCUCAAGGAUAAGCUCAUGCAUAGAGUGAAUGGUUGGACAUGUAGGUGGCUAUCAAAAGGAGGCAAGGAAGUACUGAUUAAAUCUAUUUUGCUAGCGCUUCCAACUUAUGUAAUGUCUACGUUCCUUCUCCCCUUGGAGAUAUGCGAAAACCUAGCAGCGGCUAUUGCUAAAUUUUGGUGGAGUUCAAAUCCACCGAAACGAGGAAUGCACUGGGCGAAAUGGGAAAAAGUCUGUCUACCAAGAGAGGAGGGUGGGAUUGGCUUUCGUUUGAUCCAUGAGUUUAAUCUGGCUCUUUUGGCGAAACAGCUAUGGAGGCUUGUCCAGUUCCCUGACUCUUUGGUAGCCCGGGUGUUGAAAGGAAGAUAUUAUAGGUUGUGCUCACCACUAAGUGUAAUCCCAGCUAGUAGCCCAUCAUAUGUGUGGACUAGUAUCUCGGCGGCAAGGGAGUUGUUGAUGAUGGGAAUCAGACAGAAGGUACACUCAGGAUAUGAAGUCAAGAUCUGGCAGGAUCCGUGGAUUCCAACGGUGCCGGCGAGAGCAGCUCACCCUGUGGCCCCAGUUAUGAACCCCAACAUGAGAGUGAGCGAUCUCAUUAAUCAGGAUUCGAAGGAUUGGGAUGUGAGUCUUUUGGAGAAAUACGUCAAUCGGGAUGACAUACCUCUUAUACGGAGCUUAGCCAUAAGCUCGGCCCACCGACGGGACACAUUUUGCUGGAGCUACACAAGGAAUGGACAAUACACGGUCAAAUCUGGAUAUUGGGUGACUCGGACUUUACUAAAGCCAGAGGAAGAAAAGGAAGUUGUGGAGCCAAUAACAAGGAACUUAGUAAGACGCAAGAUGAGGUGUGAUAACUACUGUCCAAGAUGCGGAGAACCUGAAGAAUCAGUAACCCAUGCCAUUUUUGAGUGUCCACCAGCUAUGCAGGCCUGGUUAUUAUCAUCAACUCCAACAAGUCCGAAUUUGUUUCCAGUAUCAAGCGUCUACACGAACAUGGAUUAUCUAUUCUGGAGGAAAAGCAUCAUUGACCCAGAACAAGACAGGGAUCCUUAUCCGUGGAUAAUCUGGUACAUCUGGAAGGCCAGGAAUGAUAAACUCUUUAGAGGUAUAGACAGAGACCCAUUAGAGCUGGUUAGAUAUGCAGAAAGUGAAUGCCAAGCCUGGUUUGAUGCGAAUAAAGUGCCACAACUAGUGAUACAGGAAAGCAACACUGAGGAACCCCAAGUCUUAAGCUUGGGGAAUAUUUGCUUGCUAGAUGGAUCAUGGACAUCUACUGAUCACUUCAGUGGAUGUGGAUGGGUGUGGAUGGACAAUGGGAGCAACAUACAGCUUAUGGGGACAAGAAAUAUCACUAGACGCGAAUCAGCCCUGCAUUCGGAACUUGAAGCACUGCGGUGGGCAAUGGAGAAUAUGCUCCAACACUCGACAUGCCAGAGUUUUGGGACAGACUGCAAGGACCUGAUCGCAAUGUUAAAAGAACCUCAUGCUUGGCCAAGCUUUGCGACGGAACUGGAGAGGAUAGAGACGCUUCAAAUAUGCUUCCCGGAAUUCAGCAUCAUUCAUGUUCCAAGAGAAAAGUUCGAGGAGAUAUGUGAGCAGCAUAUGGAAGACAUGGUUAGCAUAUGUAGGACGUCUCGAGUGCAACCAACUUGGAUUACUGAUACUCUGUGA